CGUCAUGGCGGCGUAGCGGGGGAACGUGUCUGAGUGCGGGGAGGCUAGCAAACGACAGCAGCAGCAGCAGCAGCUAGCAACAGCAGCCGCCACCAACGCAACAACUUUGGAGAUAUUUCUAAUAAUGCAGCGUUGGAUUUGAUCGCGCCGCAGCAAACGUAGCACCCAUUAACGUCGCUUGGUGGCACUGGAAGGAAUAAAACACUCCGCUUUAACUUUCCGCUAAGAAGUGCUUGCUCAGCUAACGGACCUAGCCGGCUGACAAAGGCAUUCCAUGCUAACGCAACCAGCUGGGACUGGUCCACGGUGCCUCCAUCCAACCCAGCCGGCGAGUUUCCCAACGUUGCGUGAAUCUUGACGACACGAACAAAGCCACAGACCUUUUUUUUAUUGUCAAAGAGUGUUGUUAAAAAAAAAUAACUUUAAAUCGUUUUAAUCAACGUCAUACGCACGCGAGCUUUUAACGGGUUUUGUUUGUUGCAGAAGAUGCCCCUCCUCCCAAGUGUGUCCGCUGGAACCCCAUUAACUUCUCCCCCUGUCCUAUUCAUGUCUUCUGUCCAAUCCUGUGGCGACGACCAAGGCAAUGGUCGAUGAGGGGCUUUGGUUACACGCACAGUGGCUCGUCCACCAGGGUCUUCACCGCGCACUGGAACCCAGAUAACACCUGCAAACCCCGAUAAACCAUGAUUCCCAUCACUGAGCUGCGGUACUUUGUGGACACGCAGCCGGCGUACCGGAUCCUGAAACCAUGGUGGGAUGUGUUCACCGACUACAUCUCCAUCGUCAUGCUCAUGAUCUCCGUGUUUGGCGGCACGCUGCAGGUCACCCAGGACAAGAUGAUCUGCCUGCCGUGCAAAUGGGUGGUCAACAACACCUGCAAGAAGAACGUCAAUUCCACCCUCAUCAAUUCGGCCUCGUUGUAUAUGGAGCCCAAAGGGAUCCAGUACAAUCUGGACCGCCACCAGUACAACUAUGUGGAUGCUGUGUGCUAUGAGAAUAGGUUGCACUGGUUCGCCAAGUAUUUCCCCUACCUAGUGUUACUUCACACCCUCAUUUUCCUCGCUUGCAGCAACUUUUGGUUCAAGUUCCCGCGGACUAGCUCCAAGCUAGAGCACUUUGUAUCCAUCCUGCUGAAAUGCUUCGACUCCCCGUGGACGACGAGGGCGCUGUCGGAGACGGUGGUCGAAGAGAGCGACCCGAAGCCCAUGAAAAUGAACGGCUCGAUGGACCACAAGGCGUCCGUCGUCAGCGAGGACGUCGAGGCCAGCGUCCCCAUGCUCCAGAGGACAAAGACGCGCUUCGAGCAGGGCAUCGUGGACCGGACGGAAACGGGCGUCCUGGACAAGAAGGAGGGCGAGCAGGCGAAGGCCCUGUUUGAAAAAGUCAAAAAGUUCCGGAUCCACGUCGAAGAAGGGGACAUCGUGUACAGGCUGUACAUCCGUCAGACUAUUAUCAAGGUCAUGAAAUUCAUUUUUAUCAUCUGCUACACAGGGUAUUACGUGCAUGACAUCAAAUUCAGUGUUGACUGCUCGGUGGACAUCGAGAGCCUGACGGGUUACAGCGUGUACCGCUGUGCUCACCCGCUCGCCACCCUUUUUAAGAUCCUGGCCUGCUUCUACAUUAGCUUAGUGGUGGUGUACGGCCUGAUCUGCAUGUACACGCUGUGCUGGAUGCUGCGGCGCUCGCUGAAGAAGUACUCCUUCGAGUCGAUCCGGGAGGAGAGCAGCUACAGCGACAUACCCGACGUGAAGAACGACUUUGCCUUCAUGAUGCACAUGAUCGACCAGUACGACCCGCUGUACUCCAAGCGCUUCGCCGUGUUCCUCUCGGAGGUGAGCGAGAACAAGCUGAGGCAGCUCAACCUCAACAACGAGUGGACGCUGGACAAGCUGCGGCAGAGGAUUACCAAGAACUCUCAGGAGAAGCUGGAGCUGCACCUCUUCAUGCUGAGCGGCAUCCCCGACACAGUGUUCGACCUGAUGGAGCUGGAGGUCCUGAAGCUGGAGCUCAUCCCCGACAUCACCAUCCCGCCGAUCAUCGCGCAGCUGGUCAACCUGCGGGAGAUGUGGCUCUACCACACGCCGGCCAAAAUCGAAGCUCCCGCGCUGGCUUUCCUGCGCGAGAACCUCAAGUCGCUGCACAUCAAGUUCACCGACAUCAAAGAGAUUCCCUUGUGGAUCUACAGUCUGAAGAACCUGAGCGAGCUCCAUCUGACGGGCAACCUGAGCGCCGAGAACAACCGCUACAUCGUCAUCGACGGCCUCCGGGAGCUCAAGAGGCUCAAAGUUCUUCGCCUGAAGAGCAACCUCACCAAGCUACCUCAGGUGGUGACCGACGUGGGCAUGCACCUCCAGAAGCUCUCGGUCAAUAACGAGGGCACCAAGCUGAUGGUGCUCAACAGCCUGAAGAAGAUGGUGAACCUGACGGAGCUGGAGCUCAUUCGCUGUGAUCUCGAGCGCAUCCCGCACUCGAUCUUCAGCCUGCACAACCUGCAGGAGAUCGACCUGAAGGACAACAACCUGAAGACCAUCGAGGAGAUCAUCAGCUUCCAGCACCUUCAUCGGCUGGUCUGCCUUAAGCUCUGGUACAACCAGAUCGCCUACAUCCCCAUCCAGAUCGGCACGCUGACCAACCUGGAGAAGCUGUACCUGAACCGAAACAAGAUCGAGAAGAUCCCCGGCCAGUUGUUCUAUUGCCGCAAGUUGCGCUUCCUGGAUCUGAGCCAUAACAACCUGACCCACAUCCCCACAGACAUCGGCUGCCUCCAGAACCUGCAGUACCUGGCAGUCACGGCCAACAGGAUUGAGGGCCUCCCCAACGAGCUGUUCCAGUGCAAGAAGCUCCGCACGCUGAACCUGGGCAACAACUGCCUGCAGUCGCUGCCGUCGCGCUUCGGAGAGCUGACCGGGCUGACGCAGCUGGAGCUGCGGGGGAACCGGCUGGAGUGUCUCCCCGUGGAGCUGGGCGAGUGCCGGCAGCUGAAGAGGACCGGCCUGGUGGUGGAGGAGGACCUCUUCAACACCCUGCCCUCGGAGGUCAAGGAACAGUUUUGGAAAACGGACAAAGAGCAGGCGUGAAGGGGUGUAGCGCGCCGCCAGUGGGAACAGAUACUGACCAACCGGGUGGGGGGUGGGGGGGGGGCUCCACUUUCUCCCCCCCCGUUGAAGCGGGCGGCAGUGCCGCCGCUGUGUACCGCCGGUAAGGUUUUGGGUAUCAAGAGCCGGCGCCAGUUUGGGCGGGACCAAAUUGCCGAAAAGCUUAAUUCUUCACUAUGUAGUCGAUUGUCUUUUUUUUUUCUCCUCGGGCCUUUACAGCCACACCCAGUGAUGAUGCUUUUUAGCAGUGAUGUAGCCGGGCUGUUGCAUAACGUGCAUGGUAGUUCCGCAUAAACAAUGACAGAUUAGCACUUGUAGUCCAUAUAAUUAGCGUACGUUCUGGUGGACAUAGUUCCACGGGCCCUCGAAUGCCAUUCAGUGUAAUUGGAAUGGAUCUGAAAAGUAUACAUUUGUGCCAUGAAAACGGAAACCGGGGAUAAGAACCCAGAUGAGUCAUGUCAAGGAAUUUGAGAUCCCCGUGUUGAGAGGAUGUUCCACAACGUGAGAGGAGACCCGCGCAGACUAAAGGUCGGAGGGGCUUCCACCGCGUGCCCCCCCCCCCCCCCUCCAGAUGCCCAGCGCUUACCGCCGGCAUCCUGUCGAGUGGGAGCGCUGUGAAAACCUUACUCCCGUGGGGGGGGGGAACGACUGAUAGAAUGGUAUCGGGUGGGAGUAAACACAGGAUUGUUGUUUGUUUGUCUGAAACAAACCUGUAAACACUACGUCUUGUUUGUUAUCCACUUUUGUUUGUGGUCUUUAAUGGGAACGCUACUUAAAUAGUUGGGUUGGGGUCCUCGGGAUGAGGUCCAGAUGAAAAUGUAAUCAUCAUAUAAUUCAUAUGAAAACGUUUUUGUUUGUUUUUUAGGGGGGAAAAAACGACGCAAUAACACAACUUUAUCGUUGUUACG